AUGGCCCGUUCAGAUGCGUGGCACACCUUUCCAGCUCUUCGUGCUGUGGUCAGACACCGUCACGCAGUCCAGCGGUCGUUCCAUGUUGAUGUCUGUGUUGGCCUCGGGCUGGGUGACGCAUCCACAAACGACCAAAAGGCCGUGUCUUGUCAUUGGCAGCGAAAGUCGACCUCACAACGACACCCAUUCCGAAUAGCGGCCUCAGUGAAGAUGCACCAGAUGCUCAAGCCAUCGUCCUCUACACGCCUCGGGAGCAAUGCGAGCCCUGCGCUGUCCCUCACCGACGCCCUCGGAAACCCAAACAGUAAGGGUGUCUCUGAUGCUGCGCAAUGGUGGGCCAAGGUCAAGUUAGUUGAGGAGGUGGGGCACGACGUCAUUUACACAUUGUGGCCGAGUGUGCACGGAACUUCGGAUGAAGUUCUCCGCGCACCACCCCUUGUACGCCUUUAUUGGUUGCUCUCCGUGAAGAUCACAUCCACUGUCGGAUGCAAGUGCCCAGUAUGGCGACGGAUUGCAACGAUUGAAUGGUGGUUUGCAGGUGCAGAGUGUGCCUCACCCCAGGGCAGUCCGUUGGCCUCACGUGCUGGGUGUCCUCAAAUCCUCGUGGCACUGUUCUACGCACGAUCAACGUAG